UUUUUGUAGUUUUCAUCAGAUACUUUAUAAUGUUUGCGUGGAGAUCUGGCAUUAGGAAUACGGGGGGGUUUGUUUAACAGGUUCAGUAAUAUAAUUUAACAAUUCAGGAUGGGAAACUAUUCGUCCAGUCCAUCAGGUUCCUCCAGUAGAGCAUCUGCCAGCUUUGUUCAGGAAGUGGUGUCACAUAACUGCAUUGUGAUAUUCUCCAAAACCACAUGCCCUUAUUGUCGAUUGGCUAAAAACGUGUUUAACGAAAUCGGCACCCCAUAUAAAGUAAUCGAAUUGGAUCAGCAUGAAGAAGGAAAACAACUUCAGGACACUUUGGGUGAAAUGACCGGGGCGAGGACGGUUCCAAGAGUGUUUGUAAAUGGUACGUGUAUUGGCGGAGGUUCAGAAGCAAAAGAACUUCAUCAGAGAGGCAAACUGUUGCCGCUGAUACAGCAGUGUGCCCCGUGCUGUGAGGGAAGUGGAAUGGACAGCUCAAGUGGGGCUCAGCCUGCCUCCUAUAACUUAUAAUGGGCCCUGGAAAUAUAAUCUCUUUAGACUGGCAAUGAGCAGAGCAUCUGUAUUACACAUACUGGAACAAGGAGGCUACAGGUAUUCAUACUGUGUUUUAGUUUUUUAAAUCAUCAGACAUCUUAUUUCCAAACGGUUUAGUUGCUGCAUUCAAACCCAAGAAAAAUUGUGCCCCUGCAGGUUUGCCUGAUUUUCACUACUGUUCUGACACCUGAGCCAUCUUUAAAGCAGAGCUUGAAGGCUAUUGCAUAAUCCAUCUACCACUUUGAUUAAGUUACUGUACUAAUGAUUACAGUAUUAUUAAAUUAGCUCAGCUGCUCUCUCUCUGUGUAUAUGUGUGUGUGUGUGUUUGUGUAUAUAUAUACAUACAGUUAUGUGCGUUACUGUUUUUGGGGGGUUGGUAUUUAAGUUGGGGUUCUGUUCCAAUGCACAGCACAGAUGCCUGAAGUUCUCCUGGCAGCCUGCAUGCAUUGAAAAUCCCUGUGCAGAAAACAGCUUCUUUCAAGAAACUAAUUUCCCUUACUACCUCUUUUUUUGAACUUGUAAAUUUGUACUGUAAUUUCAAACCUACAGUUUCAUAAGUAGUAAGUAGCAAAUGUAGUUGACAACAGGUUAUGAAAUAAUAAUAAUAAUAAUAAUAAUAAUAAUAAUAAUAAUAAUAAUAAUAAUAAUAAUAAUAGUCAGAGCUGUACACAAGUCAGAAAUGUUCUUACUCACGUAGCAGUAUUGAACAUCUUGUCAUCCAAGAGUGAAUCAGCUGUCAGAACAGGAUGGAGCAGCACCCCUCUUCUAGAACUCUGAAGGGAUCACAAAGCUCCAGGCAGAGAGGGCGGAUUGCAACGCACCACAUCGUUAGACCAUUAUAAAUUCGGGUUUGGGGUCAACCCCAGUACUUUGUCAAAUUGUUACUUAUGUCUGUAACAUAGUAUAGCUAAAUUAAAAAUGAAUGUACUGUUUACGAAAGGCGUGUGUAUUGUUUUAAUUAAUUAUUUAUUUACAUUUUG